CCCCAUUAAAAAACUACCAACAACCUGGUAAAAAAACAUAAACAAAACAUGAGCAAAACAUCAAACAAGAUGUGUUCAUCUCAAACCAUCCCAUCUGCAUCUUCACAUGUUUCAUCACAUAAAUACCAUUAGAUCUGUUGGAUUUCUCGGACUCACCACAAUCACCAUCUUUCUCGUAUCAAUUUCGAUGGAUAUUCAAGACCCAGAAAGCAAGAAAUAUGUUUAUUCAGUGUGGGCCCUUCCAGACCAAGAUGUGAUUCCUAGGUUGAAGAAGCUGAUGGGUGGUCUUAGAUCAGAGUUUGGUGGGCCAGAGUUUGAGCCUCAUGUCACUGCUGUGGGAGCUAUUAGCUUGACUGAGAGUGAGGCAAGUCACAAGUUUGGUAAUGCUUGUCAAGGCUUGAAAGCUUAUAAUGCUAGUGUUGACAAAGUGGAGUCUGGGACUUUUUUUUAUCAGUGUGUGUUUCUUUUGCUUCGUGCAACCCCUGAGGUCGUGGAGCCUAGUGCGCAUUGCAGCAGUCAUUUUGGUUACAAGAGUUCCACACCUUACAUGCCGCAUCUGAGCUUGUUAUAUGCUGAUUUAACGGAGGAAGAGAAGAAAAGGGCCCAAGAGAGAGCCAACGCUCUUGAUGAAGGCAUUGGCAGUCUGACUUUCCAGAUAACUCGCCUGGCACUGUACAAAACGGACACUGAAGAUAAAAGCCUCAAAUCCUGGGAGAAGGUUGCGGAAUGCAAACUCCCAUCAAACUAGUUAUGCACUAUUCUACUUUGUAACAAAACAGUAUAGUUGUUUCUUUAUAAACAGGCUCUACACUAAAGCUUAAUUGCAGUUCUUGAUGUCUAAUAUUUGCUAAACCCUUUCUUCAUGCAAUGUACUGACUCAUGGAAGCUUUUAUACA